AUGAGUCUAGCUCAGAGAGAGUCAUUCGAGGGGGUCGAAGACUCUAGAAUCAGUUGUCUGAACGCGUUCAAGGAUAAAUCGGGACUUAUCCGCUUAAAGACUCUAGUUUCGAACAGAGAGGAUCAAUUUGGUUUUCGUUGUCCCAUUGUCUUGGAAUCACGGCAUCCUCUCGUUGAAAGGUUGAUACAGUACAGACAUAAACAGCUUAAUCACGCAGGUAUACAGACUGUGAUGAACAAUUUAAGAGAACAAGUGUGGAUAUUAUCCAGUCGGCGUGCUAUACGAUCUGUCCUCUCUAAGUGUACAAUAUGUAAACGAUACAAGGCUAAGAGGAUCGAGGCGUCACCGUCAAUCCUACCAGAAGAACGAAUAAGAGAUGCGACUGCAUUCGUGGUAUCAGGGGUCGAUUUUGCGGGCCCACUAUAUUUAAAAGACGGGCAGAAAGCUUGGAUCUGUCUGUUCACGUGCGCAGUCUACCGAGCGGUCCACCUCGAGUUAGCGACUUCCCUCUCGACCGAAGCGUUUUUGGAAGCCUUCCGGAGAUUCGUCGCGCGCAGAGGAAGACCUUCUAUUAUGUUUAGCGACAACGGUACUAACUUCUGUGAAGCGAGCAACCUGUUGCGUAGUAUCAAUUGGAAGAAAGUCGCGGAAUAUAGCACGAUGAAGAAAAUAGAAUGGCGCUUCAAUCCUCCCUCAGCGGCAUGGUGGGGUGGAUGGUGGGAGCGAUUAGUACGUUCGGUCAAGGAAAUAUUGAGGAAAGUCUUGGGACGAGCUUGCCUUACAUUUGAAGAGAUGAACACAACGCUAUGUGAUUGUGAGGCCAUUAUAAACUCGCGUCCCAUUACCUACCUGUCUGAGGACUCUGAUCAGUUGAUCCCAUUGACUCCGGCGAUGUUCAUUCAAGACGUUCAGGAGAUAGGAUUACCGGAUCUGGAUCAUGUUCAAGAAGGCGACUUGAAGGCGAGGAUACGCUAUCGACAGAAGCUCCGAGCUGACUUACGACGUCGUUUUCGUUCAGAGUAUCUAGGACAACUAUCGCGAACGAGCUAUUCAAAAAACGGCAAAUAUACGGUACGAAAAGGAGAUGUCGUUCUCAUAGGAAACGAGAAUCAGAAACGCUUGGACUGGCCCUUGGCGCGAGUCAUCGAGGUCAUUCCGGGUAGAGAUGGCGAGGUAAGAGUGGUCAGACCGCGAGUGGAGAACUCGUCCGUCCCGUUCAGAGAUUGCACCCUUUGGAAAUCUCGUCACCAAUCGAAGUGGAGGCAUUGA